UGGUUGAUGACCGAAAACAUGAGAAUGGCCACCCACCAUCGCGUGAUAAUACUUAUUAUUUUUGUAGCCGUCUCAGCCGUAGAAGGGUCGGGUUCUGUUCACCGGAGCGGUUUUCCGGCAGGAUUUAAAUUUGGGACGGCGUCGGCAGCUUACCAGUAUGAAGGCGCUGCAAAUGAAGAUGGUAGAGGUCCAAGUAUUUGGGAUACAUUCACUCAUACAUACCCAGAUAAGAUAAUAGACCACAGUAAUGGAGACAUUGCCGUUGACUCGUAUCAUAGGUACAAGGAAGAUGUGGCUAUCAUGAAGAGCUUAGGAUUUGAUUCUUACAGAUUCUCGAUUUCAUGGUCUAGACUGUUACCCCGCGGCCAUCUUAGCGGAGGAGUAAAUCAACAAGGCAUCGACUACUAUAACAAUUUAAUCAAUGAGGUGCUAUCAAAUGGAAUGGAACCUUUUGUGACUUUGUUUCAUUGGGAUCUUCCGCAAGCUCUUGAAGACGAAUACAGCGGUUUCUUAAGCUCCAAUCUUGUCGAUGAUUUUCGAGACUAUGCAGAGCUAAGCUUUAGCAGCUUUGGAGACAGAGUAAAGCACUGGAUCACAUUAAACGAGCCACUAACCAUUUCUAAUGAUGGGUACACAACGGGUAUCAAGGCGCCUGGAAGAUGUUCGAAGUGGAUCUCUUCGAAUUGUACUGGUGGUGAUUCUGGUACUGAGCCAUAUAUAGUAGCACAUAAUCAACUUCUUGCUCAUGCAGCUGCAGUUAAAGUGUACAGAGACAAGUACCAGAUGAAACAAAAAGGGCAAAUUGGUAUUUCAUUGAACACAGAAUGGAUGGUCCCCAUGAAUGCUGAGUUAACGAGAGACUCUCUUGCAGCUUCUCGAGCCCUUGCCUUUAAGUAUGACUGGUUUAUGGAGCCACUAGUGUCUGGUUCGUAUCCGGUUGAAAUGAUUACCUAUGUGGGUGAACGGUUGCCUAAAUUUACGCAAGAGCAGUCGUUGAUGCUUAAAGGAUCUAUCGAUUUCAUUGGGGUAAACUAUUACACUGCAAAUUAUGUCGCUGAUGUUCCUUGCGUAAAGGAAAACUUUAGCUACUCCACAGACUUUUGUGCUAUGAUUACUAGCUUUCGAAAUGGGAUUCCAAUUGGGCCAAAGACAGGAUCGAGUUGGCUUUAUGUUUAUCCACGAGGAAUUCUGGAACUUUUGCUCUACACCAAGAACAAGUUCAAUGAUCCUGUCAUAUACCUAACUGAGAAUGGAGUUAGUCAGCUUGAUAAUAUCGAUUCUAUGCUGAUUCUGGAGGACAACGUGCGAGUAGAUUACUACAAUGAUCAUCUUUUAUUCGUACAAGAAGCAAUUCGGAGAGGUGUAAAUGUGAAGGGAUAUUUUGGAUGGUCAAUGCUAGACAAUUUUGAAUGGAAUGAUGGUUAUGCAGUUCGUUUCGGAAUGGUGUAUGUAGAUUACAAGGACGGAUUGCGAAGGCAUUUGAAAAAAUCAGCCUUAUGGUUUAAGAAUUUUCUGGAAUCAAGGAAUCAAUCAGAUUCUCUUAAUUUCUUAAAUUUGAGAAAUAGAAAAACAUUUUCUCGAGCUGAAAAUUUACUUGCGUAGUUCAUAUGAAUAUAUCCGAGCUCGGAAGUGUGAACUGCAUAUAUAUAUGUAUUUAAUAUGGAGUGCAUAUGUACUGAAAUAGAGUUUGCAUGAACUAUAUAAAUUUGACGAUUUGGUGGUUAAAUAAAAUAAGGCUUAAAUACACCGAAAAUCACCAACUUUCGCGUA